AUGGAAGCCCACAAGCCAGAGUAUCAACAUUUUAUUCCUCAGUUUUUACUGAGAAACUUCUCUCACAAAUAUGUGCCCCCCGAUAGGUCCAAAGCGGGGAGACCCGAGAAGCGCGACUCCAAAAAGAAGAAGAUGUAUCCUGGAGACCAAGCGGUCAACAGCCUUUGCCUGUCUGAUGAUGAAUUUUGCCUUGAUGAAUGUUCGGUAAGGCGCAUUUGUGGCUUGGAAAACAUGUAUGUGAAUCCGACAAAACCGUCGCAAGACCAUGGUCAUCUCGAGAAAAAGUUUGCCGUCUUUGAGAACAAGGCAAGCUGCAUCUAUCGCAAGAUCAUGAAAGCCCAUAAAGACGGAAAGCCGGCCAUAUUGCUCAAGAGGACGGAGAAGGAUGUAUUGCGCAAGUUUGUCUACUUGCUCACCUAUCGUGGAGAGCAGUUCUACCGAAAGUACAACGUGGACGGUAUAGAGGAUUAUGAUGAUGGCGACAAGGAGCUUUUACAGCAUUACAUGGCAAAGCACGGCUUCACCAAACCGAUUGAUGUCUGGUUGCAGAGCUUAGAGGCGAUUAUGGAUUUGGACAUUGACACAGAAGGAUGCUGGAAACAGCACAUUAGCAAGAGCAUCUACUUCCCCAUCGCCGAUCAGUUCAUCGACCACAUCUGCGACAUGUACAUGGCCAUCUGCACACCAGUAAACCCUGAUGAAGAGUUUGUUCUGACGGAUAAUUGCUACAACGUGUGUGAAGGGCGGACUGUUGCUUACUUUGAUGCCAGUACAGGCAAACACGUCAGUAUGGGUCCUCGCUUUCACAACUUUGCACCGAUUUCUCCGAGGCUGAUGAUAGUUCUUCGGUCUGCCCAUCUGCCUGAGCCACUUGAGGAUGCGGAUCCGGCUAUCAAGCAGUGGCGGCAGUUCCAGAGGCGGCUGUAUAUCGACUCCAUCUUUGGCAGCGGAAUCGAGUCUAUUCUGGAAGAUCUCCCUGUCCAGAAAGCAUUGAAUAACUACAUGGAAAUCGUCGACGGGAGGCUAGCGCCGAGGCCUGGAUGGAACCGACGCUUGGGUAUAAAUGACAGUUUCUGCUUUACAAUCUUCAAAGUGCCUACUCGCCAUGUCCGAACCAUCAAUGGCCUCCUGAUUGAUCACGCGUACCAUGGCUCGAGGAUUAUUUUCAACCGAAAAGACAUCUUCCUGGACUUGAUGGAAUGGUAUUUGACAGAACCGUGCGAGGUGGGGAAAAACUUGACGGGAGACAACGCAUUGAAGCAGUUGCAGUAUAUCGAGGGCUUGUCUAACUUUAUGUCACGUCAAGGAAGGGAGAUUUCGCCCAAAAUGGCCUUUUGGCCAAGUGAGGACCGCGACUUGACUCAACUCCAGCUCAAGAACAUUGCUGGAGCGCGGUUCUUGGAAGGGGUGAGGUUAAAGGAGGGCAGCAUAGGGUUUGGUUUUGACGCAAUCUACGAGAAGCUGGGUGGGACAGUAGCGGCUUUGGAGGAAGACAUGGCAAUGACCAGAACCAUGCUCCAGAUCUGGACCCGAUGUGUGGAUUUGGAUUGGGGAUGCCCCGGAUAUGAAUCGAUUCGCCGUACCAAACUUGCCUUUCUUUUAGACGGGUAUCAACGGCAGCCGUGCUGCAGGUUUUGGAUGUUUUUGAAGUGGAUGAGGCUGGCCCAGCAAUGGGGCCUCGAGUCGAUACAAGUCAUGGCGACGUUUUUCGAACAAGCAUGCCGGGGGCCGGAGGACAUGCUUGCAUAUGCACACCCGGUCAUACAACAGCAUGAACUGAACAUGGCAAUGUACAAGUCUUUUAACGAGAGCAUGGCCCGAAUCAGAGGAACUGGGUGUGACCUAGAGUCAAUGGGGCUUUUCUCACUAUUUGGCGACGAGAGUUGGAGAAUUCCAACACCCUUUUCUCGCCUGAACCAGCCGUGCGAAAUCAAAGGGGAUAAGGAUGGACCUGAUGUCAACAAGACAGUCCGUCGUUCAUCAUUGGACAGUACAAAGAAGCGGAAAGCAUCGACGCAACCUCCCCGCCAGAAUCAGCGGUUCAAGCAUGACGAGAUGAAGGAGAAGGUUGGGGUGAGCAACGCAUCCCAUUCUUGGCUCUUUGCUACCGAGAACAGGAGAGUACCAACCGGCCCCGUCGAACAAACCAAACCAUGCGAUGAUGACGAGCCGAAGGAUGUCUCCGACGAUGUAAAGAAUGCAGAUACAGCCCAUCCCUCGCUAUUUCACAACGAGAGCUGGAAACCACCGAUCGACCCAAAGGAGGAAGCCAACGAGCAGCUUGAGCUCACCACGACGACGAUACUCUUGACGUGCACUGCAUACGCGAUUGUUGCCGCGCUGGCGGUUUCUCUGUUGGCAACUUGUAGCUAUCUUCUGGCGCAUUUGUCUCAUUCUGCCGUAUGGCUGUUGGACAGUCUCCCCUGGCUAUGGGACACUCUUUCGCCCGCUUUUUAUACCCUGGGGCGAUUCUUGUUGGUUACUUGCAGCCAUCUCCUGGCGGCUUUUGUUCAUUUCUUGGUAUGGAUGUUGAACGAUCUGGCAGAGCUAUUGGACACUCUUUCGGCCGGAUUGUAUGAUCUGGGGCGAAUUCUGUUUUGUCUGGGGCUGGCGUUGGUUUAUUCUUGCCUGGUUGUUCUCAAGGCCAAGGGAAUCAUCUAG